CGCUCCCCGCGCACGGCAGCGUUGCGCCCCGCCGGGCUGCGGCCGGCCCGGCCCCGGCUGCGCUCCGUGUGCGCCGCUCCGCUCCGCUCGGCUCCCCGUGUGCCACAUUGUGCCACAUCGUGCCGCUCCGCUCCUUGCCCCCUCCCUCGCCAUGCCCAGAGCCUUCCUGGUGAAGCGGCGCAGCCCGCAGCCCGCCGUACGCAGCUGGGCUGGGCUGCCCGACGACGAACGCGCCGACACCUACAUCCCAGGCGGCCUCGGCUGCGCCCCGGGCUACGAAGACAACUGCAGCCUGGAGAGCGGCGGCAGCGGCGGGACGCGGGACCCCGAGCUCGGAGACCCCCCCACGCCGCAGGCGGCCCCCGCGGAGCUGGGCGCGCCCGGGGGGAUGCUGCUGGACCUGGCCGUCAGGCGCCCCGCCGCCAGGUCGAAAAUCAAGUUCACCACGGGUACCUGUACCGACGCGGCGGUGCACUCCUGCGAGCUGUGCGGCAAGGGCUUCCGCCUGCAGCGCAUGUUGAACCGGCACGUCAAGUGCCACAGCCAGGUGAAGAGGCACCUGUGCACCUUCUGCGGGAAGGGCUUCAACGACACCUUCGAUCUGAAGCGCCACGUCCGGACACACACCGGAAUCCGUCCUUACAAAUGCGAGGUCUGCAACAAAGCCUUUACCCAGCGCUGUUCCUUGGAAUCCCACCUCAAGAAGAUCCACGGGGUGCAGCAGCAAUACGCCUACAAACAGAGGCGAGACAAACUGUACGUGUGUGAGGAUUGUGGCUACACCGGCCCCACGCAGGAGGACCUGUACCUGCACGUCAGCAGCGUUCACCCCAGCAGUGCUUUCCUGAAAAAAACCUCAAAAAAACUCGCAGCUGUUUUGCAAAACAAACUGAGCCCUGUCCUGCAGAGGAACUCCAAAGAGGAUGACAAAGAUGAGUAACGCACUGGAUUACUACAGUGGUCUACAGGAAUGAAGUUUACACGUAGGACUACAUAGAUAUUAUUUUUUUAAAUAACCUAUUUUGAAAUAAAUCCCUGAAAGAAAAGGGAUGCUUUUGUUAAUGGGACUCUCUUGAUAAUGGUAGAACCUCAACUUGAAAGACAUAUUCCCACAAAUCAUACAAACAUCAGACUUUUAUCUGGUCAAAAAAUGGAAACCCUAAUGCGGAGUAUUUACUGACCCUGGCAUUCAGGUAACGUGACGGCUGUUUCAGCUCCCCUGCACAUCUGAAUGGCACUGACAAACCAGCUCACCUUUUCCCAACACAUUUCUUAGACAGUAACAGUUACCCCCCACAAAAAUUACUUCUGAGGGUGAAAGAGGCCACAUAAGAGUGGCUCCUAGUACACUGUUCUUAUGUGCAGAAUUAAUUACGAUUGGCUUACAAGCAGUACGUUGUGUUGGUACUUAAGUUUAAACGUGCAAAUAACCUUAACUCUGCCCCCGUGCAGUAAAUGAACCAUCUGCAGAACUGCUAUAAAAGAUGAGCUGAAACUUUAUUUAAAACAAAGCAGACCUUCUUCCCCUCUGAAACUUUCCCUUCCAGGGCAGGGACUUGCAUUCUAGGGACUUCAAGCUGUGAAAUCAUCUCAUCCUAUUUAGAUGUAAGUGUGACCUUGACACUGACUUUUCUGGACUCCUCGUGCUCACCUGGGGAUUGUUACCACAUCAUUUUAACAUAAAUCAAUAUUAAGCCAGAAACCCAAAGAAACCAUUUUAAUGAUUGGAAGAUACAUAUUUUCUGUAACUUUGUGUGUGUGUUUUAUGGUGUGUGUGUGCAUUUGGGUUUUUAAAAUUCUUAAACAUCAGGUGCCUGUUCAUUAGUACAACAAAGCUGUGCAAAGCAGAUAAGAGUGUGACUUAGGCUGUUUGUCUCGUGAGAUCAGUGCAAAACUGUAUGCAUAACUCUGCCCCCUAAUCACCGUCAGUUUAGAUGGCUGCUAGUGAGACUGAUGCUAUGAGAGAAGAAGGUGGUGCUGCUGCUGAGGGACCAGCACUAUGUCUUUGCUUUUAGGACUCCCCUUAUAUCCAACACUGUAAAUCUCUUCAGAAGCUGCUGCAGUCCUUACUGGGCACUCAGGUGUCUAAGUUUGGAAAGACAGAGUGGGGUGGUUAUUCCUCAGCAAUAAUCCAAGUUACACCGUUCCAAUCACACGUUAUUCAUCUGUCUCAUAACUUAAUGGCCACAGUCUAGACUAAUCUAAAUGCUAAAUAAUUAAUGGUUUUCAUUGGUGAUUUUUCCAAUAUUCAUUUUGAGCUCAACAUAGAAGUUUACUUUUGGAAGAAUAUAUCACACUCUGUACGCAUUGAAACAAACGCUCUGUAUGAGCAAUCAACUGUAACUCACCUGAAACAGCCCUGGCCAGGACCUUCCUAAUCAUUACUACUUCAAUUGUAAGGUUCUGACUAUCUACAUAGGAAUUCAAAUAAUAAAAUCAAACCUCAAGAUA